AUGGGACCAUUAUUGGCAGUGAACUUAGUUGUGUACAUAAUACUCGUCGGCCUCGCUGCUUGGUCCCUCGACAAAUACAUCGACGGCCACCAAAAUCAUCCCCAUCUAGGCGGGAAUCCUUCUACAAUUUUCCUAAUCAUAUAUGCAUUGGUUGCGGGAGCAAUAGGCUUGUGCUCAGUGUUACUAGGGUUUGCUCAUCUUCGCGCAUGGGAUAACGUGACCCUUGCCAGUGCUACCGCAUCAACAUUUAUGACGUGGGCCCUAACCGUGCUUGCUUUCGGGUUUGUCUGCAAGCAGAUAAUAAUGGGAGGGCAUAGGGGUAAACGCUUGCAAACACUAGAAGCAUUUAUCGCGAUAUCAGUAGUGAGCCAGUUUCUCUACCUACUGCUUCUACAUGCCGGAAUACUUUAG